UAUAAAUCUAGGAAUUCUAGGCAUUUCUGGAUAUAAAUUCAAUUAAAAAUAUUAAAAGUAAUUAUUUUAUUGUUUGAGUAGUUUAUUCUUCUUCUAUUCUUUUGUGGCAACACUAUCAACGAUCAUCUGGCAACCGUAAACAAAUGUAAUCCAAAAUGGCGACUUAUAGAGGACAAAUCGGUCCGAAUUCGGGAGCCGAAAUAAUUGACAUUCCUGAAAAUGUUUACACUGAAUCAACUGAAGAUAAUUUGAGAAAGCAGGAUGAGAAAGAAGAUGUUGGUGGUUUUAAAUUUGGGCCAGCUGUAUCCACACUUAUGUGGCAAGCUGGAAAACAACAUGCAGAAAAGGCUUUUAAUUUAUAUGCCAAUAUUGAUAUCUUGAGACCAUAUUUUACUGCUGAACCACAAGAAAUUGUCCAAAGGAUUUUACAAUCAUUUGUUCCAAAACUUCCUUCUCAUUUUACUUCAAUGGUUCUUCCUGAAGAAUUGUAUGGUCCAUUAAUGCUUGUAUUUACUUUGAUUGCUCUUCUAUUAUAUGAAAUGAAGAUUUCUGGUCUUGUAGUGAAAGAAGGAACAUUGAUGGGUACAGCAUUUGGAGUUAGUUUUGGUUAUUGGUUAGGAGCUGCAGCAUUUGGAUAUCUGUUAACUUAUGUCUGCAAUACAAAAUUGACUUUCAUUCAAUACCUUUCAUUAUUGGGUUAUUCUCUAUCUGGUCAUUGUAUUAUUUUAUUCCUUGGUACUGUGUUUCACCCUGAACAUACACAUACAUUUUUUUAUAUCUUAUGGAGCGUUAUUGGUGGAUUAUCAGCAGCUAGAGUGGUUUGUGUACUUUUGGCUAAUAUGUCCGGUCAUCCUCAGCGACUAGUUGUUUGUUUUGUAAUAGCUUCAUUAAACAUGUUAGAUAUAUUAUAUCUGCAUUUUGCAUUUCAUAAAAUUGUUAAAGUUUUCAGUUAAGCAAGUUUUAAAAAGUAAGUGAAACUACCUGAAUAUUUAUGUCUAAAAAUAAAAUAAACAAACAAAAUUGUGCUUCUUGGUGAAGUAAAAUUUGCUUAAAAUAAAUUUAUGUUGUAAAUAUUUGU